AUGGGAGCAAAUUCAUCUAAUACAAUGAAACCAGAAGAAAUAAAGACUGAAAAGAAAGUUGUCGUUUACGGUUCAGACAAUUGCCCAUAUUGCUUUAAAGUUAAAAAGAUUUUUGAAGAAUUAAAAGUUCAGAUUGAUUAUAGGAAUAUAGAUGAGAAUAAAGAAUAUGAUGAACAAAAAUAGAAAUUAAUGAAUUUCUUAAAAUAUGAUACUAUACCUUUGGUAUUCAUAAACAAUAAGUUUAUUGGAGGCUGUUCAAAUGUGAAAGAAUUAGAGGCUAAAGGAGAACUCUUAAAUCAAGUAUAAUGACUUACAUUUAAAUGCACAAAAUUCAUAAUCACAUCAUUUAUAAUAUCA